AUGGAUCCAGUUACAUGGCAAAAUUUUAUGCCAAUGUUCAGUCGACCAAUAUCAGCAAUCUUCUUACAGGAGAUUAGUGACGUGCAAGAGCAUUGUGAGGAAGUGCAAGCGUUACUAAACGAAGCGCUAGCAAAGAUUCGUGCUUUGGAACGUGAGAAAAAUGAGAGAGAUGAGGAAAAACAAGAACUGAGAGCAGAAAUGUUGAAGAACGAGGAAGUGCUGGCUCUAAUGGAGAGACGUUUCGAUGAGCAACACAAGAAAGUUAUGGUCGGUGAAGCGCUCAAUAUGAUUUUUUGA